CUGUUUCUCUUUGUGUGUCUCUGUCUCUCUCUCUCCCUGCCUGUCUCCCUCCCCCCUUUCUCCUUCCCUCCUCUCUAUUUCUGUCUCUCUCUUUUUCUCUCUCCUCUCCCCCUUCUCUCUCCCUUACUUUCUCUCCCUUCCCCCUCCCCAUCUCCCUUGUCUUCCCUUCCUCCCUCUCCCUCUGUCUCCCUCGGCCUCUCUCUCUCCCUUUUCCCCUGUCUCUCUCCCCCUGUCUCUCUGUCUCUCUAUCUGUCUCUCUCCUCCUCCUCUCCCCCAGGCUCUCUGUCUCUAUCUCUCUCCUCCUCCUCCCCCCCUGUCUCUCUCUGUCUCUCUCCCUCUCCCUCUCUCUAAGAGGCUUUAUUGGUGAUCUUCCUAAAUGCUCUCCUAGACUGCUGCCUCUGCUUCAUGAAGCCUCAGGCCUGGAAGAACCAGGAGCCACCACCUAGAUCCCUCAAGGCCACUAGGGGAAAGCAGGAGGGAAGAGAAGGAAAAGGCUGAGCUUGGGCACUGCUCCGCCCCAGGCCUCAUCCCACAAUUCCUCUCCCCUCUCCCAGGGAAGUGUGGGCCUCUUCCACUCUGCCCCCUGGGCCCCACAGCGGGAAGAAGAGAAGAGGAGGCAAAAAAGCCAGGGCCGAGCCACUCCCAGCAACUUCCCAGCCUAAGCAGAGACUAGGAAGCUUCUCAAAACCAGAAACGCAUGGGCUGGGUCAGCCUCCCCCUCCUGCUCUCCCUUCUUUGGAGGGUCCAGGAACACAGUAUUCAAGCAUAUGAAUGGGCCACAGUUUGUGGACAACCUCAGACUCAUGAACGAAUCCUUGGAGGCCAAGACACUACCCAAAGUCAGUGGCCGUGGCAGGCAAGUCUGAAGUAUAAGACCCACCACUGGUGCGGGGCCUCCCUCAUCCACUCAAGUUGGGUGUUGACAGCUGCUCAUUGCUUCCAGGACUUGGCUGAUGAUCCCAGUGUUUGGAGAGUUCAACUGGGCUCACAGUCAAGUAAGUCACACAAAUUAAGCUUUAGCUUUUUGCAUGCCCGGCGAGUAUCCAGAAUCAUCUUGCAUCCCUACUACCUCGGGUGGCCUCCCAAAGACAUUGCCCUGGUCAAGCUGCAGUCCCCAAUAUUCUUCAUGAGAAGUAUCCUGCCUAUCUGUCUCCCAUCUUCCAUAAAUGAGUUUAAAAACCUCACCAAUUGCUGGGUGACAGGAUGGGGAAAAAUAAAAGAAAACCAAGUCCUAGGGAAACCCUGGUAUUUGAAAGCAGCAAAGUUGCCCAUCAUUGAUCAAGAGACCUGUGACAAGUACUAUCACGUUGGAACAACCCUUCCUCUUUUUAUAGCCAGGAUAUAUGAUGACAUGUUAUGUGCUGGCUUUGAAGACGGCAGUAAGGAUGCCUGUCAGGGUGACUCUGGAGGCCCCUUGGCAUGUGAGGUCAAUGGUUCUUGGCAUCUAAUAGGCAUUGUGAGCUGGGGAGAUGGCUGUGGUCGGCCCUUCCGGCCUAGUGUCUUCACCAAUGUCAGUUUGCACACUGACUGGAUCUUAACCACAAUUAACUCAAGUACCUUUAGCUUAAUACCCUCUAAGCUUGUUGUCCUCCUCACUCUGCAGCUGUACUAUGUCUCCCUUGAGCCCAUUUCCCAAGGGGCCUACUUAAGGUCUGACCAGUGUGGCCAUGACCUAAGCUAAGGUCUGAGGGUGAGGAAGACAGGGCUCUCUUAAGGCCAGACACUUUGGCUAAGAUUAAUUCAGGGCUCUUGUUUGCUCCCCCAAAAGGGCAUUUGAAGCCCCCUAGGUUCUGGGUUGAGAGUCAUCAUGCAAGAAACAAAAUACUAACUAGCAGGAGGAAGUGGUGAUUGGGGUUAGGGAGACUGGUGUUCUCUCUGUGUUCUUAUAUUUGUCUUUCUAUUUAUUCUUGGUUGACUAUUUUAAUUUUUAAAAAAUUCAUGACAAUAUCGGUCCUUACUCUGACUUUCCUGCUGUUCUAUCCCUAUGUCACCAAUCAUGGCCAAGAAUCACUCUUAGCAGGAAAGAAAGUGAUAAUAUAUAAGAGAAAUAAAGGUUAAAACUAGAUAUUUAUACAUGUAGUUCUAGGCUCAAAAUAACUUUUGUUCUCUCCAUGGUGGGGACUCCUGACCCACAGAGUAUCUCCACUCUCCAUCCUUUCCUGGCAUUCAGUCUUAGCUUUCACUUGACUUCUGGAGCUAGGAACUAGCUCAGGCACAGUAGGAGGCUACAGAGCUCUAGGUCUAAAUUCCCUGUGGAAAAUAAGCCACCAUCUAUGAGAUUAGGUCUGUAUGCCCAACAGCCUUAUGUGGUAGUUGGGAAACUUGACUGGAGAACGGAAUGUGGAGUCAGAAAUAAAGAAAAAUACUAAUUGCUACAUUAAAAGAAAAUAAAAAGAUUAAAUUAGAUAAGUGGAGGCUGCAUUUUGCAUUGGAAAGAUCACUGGCUUUGGAGCCACCAAUCAUCAUCUUGAGCAGCGGUUCUCAACCUGUGGGUCGAGACAAUGAGAAUACAUAAUGCAUAUCAGGUAUUUACAUUCCAAAUCAUAACUGUAGCAAAAUUACAGUUUUGAAGUAGCCACCAAAAUAAUUUUUUGGUUUGGGGUCACUGCAACAUGAGGAACUGUAUUGCAGGGUCACAUCAUUAGAAAGGUUGAGAACCACUGGUCUUGAGGGACCUAGGUUCAAGUUCUGACUCUAAUCCUACUACAUCAGUAGUGUAGGCAACACAUUUAAUCUUCCAGAGCCUCAGUUUCCUCAUUUGCAAAAUGAGGGGGUUGAACUAAAUGGCCUCUGAAAUUCCUUGCAGCUGUAUAUCUAAGAUUCAUAAAUGGUUAAAGUAUACAAAUUGGUAAUUUUCAAAAGAUAUAACAUAAAUUGUUAAUAAUCGCUUGAAAAAAGUAUUAUCAGUAAUAGAGAUACAAAGGAAAACAACUUUGAGGGAGCACCACCUUCAAAAAAUGUUAACGAAAUUUCAAAAAAUAAUUGAAAGCAAAGAAAUUAAAUGCUGGUAGGGUUGAGGAGAAAUAGGUACACUCAUUCAUUCCUCAUAUAUUUGCUUACGUAUAGAAUAUUUUUUCCAGAAAUAAUUCAAAGCAAUGAAGUUAAAUGCUGGUGGAGUUGUGAGAAAAUGGGUACAAUCAUUCAUUAUUCGUGUAUUUGCUUACUUAUGGAAUCUUUAUGGAGAGAGACCUAAUAGUAGCCCAUAGCAAAAGUAACACAGAUAAUCAUUCCCUUCAACCCAAUUCCAUUUUGGAGAAGAUCUCUGAAAGUGCUCCCAAAAACAAUCAACAAAAAAGAGUUAUUUGUUCAAAAACUGGCCAUAUUAAUUUGGCUAAUAUAAUAUAAAUUCUAAAAUCUGGAAGCAGCUUUAAUGUCCAAAAAUAAACUAUGGUAUACCAAUGAAAUGAAACAGUUGAAUUCAAAUGAUGUGAUCAAGAAUGAGGAUCAUGGAUUUUCUGGAGGAAAGACCUUAAGAAGGUUAUCUAAUCUAAGCUCCUUAUUUUACAAAAGAAGAAAAUGAAACUCAAAGGUGUUAAGUGGUGGUCUGAAGUCACACAGACAGCAAUCUAGUCAUCUAUCCCAGGCAGCUUGCCAUUUCCCUACAAGUCUAUAGCAAAGGGUAAAAGUUACAGAUAAGCAAAUUUAGACUUGAAAUAAAGGGGAAAAACACUUCUUGUAUAAGGGCUAUUCAGACUUGAAAUGGGCUGUUCCUCAGUGAGGGGGUUGUCAUUGCUGGUCUGCAAGCAAAGGUAAUGAGCCAGAUGGGGUAGGAGAUGGAGCAUUCAUCCUGGAGUCAAGUAGAAAUGAGUUCCAAUCUCCCCUCAGAUACCUCUCUCAGCCUCAUUUCCUCAGCUUUAAAAAGAUGAUGAUAAUGAUAGCACCCACUUUAAAGGGUUAUUAGGAAAAUAAAAGGAGACAGAUGAGAUGUAAAGAGCUUUUCGGACAUUAAAGUACUCUUCCUAGCUACUUCCAAAAUACAGAGUAGAGGGAAGGUAACCUUAGAAGGGAAGCCAUUAGCAAAUGAGGAAACUGGGAAAAGCCUCCUGCAGGAAAUGAGAUUUAAGCUUGAAGGAAGCCAGGAAACUGAGGCAGAGGAGGGAGAGCAAGGGCAGUAUCCAGCCUAAUGGUAAAGAGAUAGCUGAUGGAAUGUGUACUCAAGGAACAAAGAAUAAGUUGAAUUUUAAAAAAAUAUUUAAAAUACAAAUAUUUGGAACUACUAAGUAGCACAGUAGAUAGAACACUGGGCUUGGCUUGGAGUCAGGAGGGCAUGGGUUCAAAUCUGCCCUCAGACACUUCCUAAAGGUGACUCUGGACAAGUCACUUUACUACUAUUGUCUGGUCCUUGUCACUCUUCUGCCUUAUAAAGUAUAAUAUUGAUUCUAAGAUGGAAGGUAAGGGGUUUUUGUUGUUUGGCUGGUUGUUUGUUUUUUUUUAACUGAAACAGAAGGUUAGGGUUUUUAAAAAGAAGAAAAAUUCAUUCACCAGAAAUGUCAUUUUUGGAAAUGAACUUGGGGGGGAAAUUACGAAAAUUUAUCCUAGAAGUACAGGAAGCCAAAGGAGCUCAUUAAGCAGAAGGGUAAUAUUUCUAGACCUAAACUUUAGAAAAAUCAGUUAGCUGCUAAGAGGAAAUUAGAGUGGGGAAAUACUUCAGGAAGGGGGACCAGUUAGAAGACUAUUGAAAAAGUCCAGGUAAAAGACAAUGAAUCCCUGAACUAGGCUGACGGCUGAGUGAAUAAAGACAAGUGGACAUCAACAAAAGAUUUUUGUGGAGACAGAAAUGACAAGAUUUGACAACAGAUUAACUAUGCAGAGUCAUUGAGUGUGAAAAGACAAGGCUGGACAGAGAUUUUGAUCAGAAGGCUAUCCAACAGCAUAAUGACAAUUCCACCAGAUCUCCAGGAUCCCAGUUUCCCAUAGACUGAGGUCUUGAAAUUCCCAGGACCAGAAGGCUAAAUCAAGGAUUCACAAAUCCUAGCCCUCCGACCAAUCAAAUUUCAGGGAAGGCAUCCUCUUCCUUUAAAGGGAAAUCAGCUCAAUUUAGAAGGAAUUCACCUGUAAUGUAGCACUGUAAUGAACUUAAACCUUUAUCUCUAGUACAUUUAGCAUUUCUGAGCUUCCAACACACUGGAUGUGAGGUCUGAAGAUCUGAGUUCAAAUUAUGACUACUAUUUCUUACCUAUGUAAUACAAAGUAUUAAAUAUUAAAUUAUUUGGGCAAAUUGCUUAGCCAAUUUGAGUCUCAGUUUGUCAUCUAUAAAAGGGCUAAACUCAGAUGACUUCUGAGUGCUCAGAUGACUUUCAGUGCUAAAUCUAUGAUCUUUUAAUUACUGGUUCAUUCUACAAUCCCAGGUUCACUCUUACCCAGUCAAUAAUCCUCUGAUUAAGAUGGCCAGUUAAUGGUUUUGCCACACAUACAACUGCCUAAUUCUUUGAUAUCUAAUUUCUGUCCUCUUUGACCAAAAAACAAAAAUCAAACACA